AUGGCGAAGCGCCGGUCGUCGUUUCCCAUCGUGCGAUGGCUGCUCAUCGUCUGCGCGUUCUCCUUCGUCCUCGUUCAGAUUCGGAUGUUGAUGGUUGGAACGGAGUGCUCGGAGCGCGUGAAGGUGCUCAUGGAGGCGCAGCGCAAGUGGGCCAACGAGGCUCGCGCGCUGCGGAAGAACCUCACCGAUGUCACCCGGGACGCGAUGGGGUUGGAGGAAGAGCUUGAGAAGACGCAGACAGCGUACAAGCAGGCGCGGCAAGAGUUGGAAGCUGCACAGAGGAGACAGCAGCAGCAGCAAGAGCAAGGCGCGCAACAACAGCAACAGCAGAAACAAGAAGCAGCACUUGUAAAGGCAGCAACGGAAGGGCAGACAGGAGCAGGGGGAGCGGGAGGUAGCAUACGAGGAGGGAAGCUGCAGGAUGGGGGAGUAGUGCAGGCAGGGGGAGCAGGGGGAGCAGGGAGGAUGCGGGGAGGGGGAGAGGCAAAGGAUGCAGUGGCGGCUGUGGUGAUCAUGGCGUGCAACAGGGUGGACUACCUCGACCGCACCAUUAAAUCUGUGUUGCUGCACCACAAGGGUGCUGACAGCAAGUUCCCUCUCUUCAUCUCCCAGGACGGCACGAAUUCAGCAGUCAAGGAAAGGGCCAAGCAGGCCCACCAGUUCACGUACCUGCAGCACAUCGAGACGGCACCCCCCAGAAUGAACAACCCAGGGGAGAACAUUGCGUAUUACAGAAUAGCAGAGCACUACAAGUUCGCUCUCACAGAGCUCUUUGACCGACGCCAGUUUCCUCGAGUCAUCAUUCUCGAAGACGACAUGGAGUUAGCUCCUGACUUCUUUGAUUACUUUGAGGCCGCUUCCAACCUGCUGGAUGUGGACGAGUCCAUCCUGGCUGUCUCCUCAUGGAAUGACAACGGCCAAAAACAAUUCGUGCACGACUCGCACCAGCUAUACCGCUCUGAUUUUUUCCCCGGGCUGGGCUGGAUGCUGAGGAGAGAGCUGUGGUUGGAGCUCAAGCCCAAGUGGGCGCGGGCCUACUGGGACGACUGGCUGCGCCUCCCGGAGCAGCGCAAGGGCCGCCAGACCAUCCGCCCGGAGGUCUGCCGAACCUACAACUUCGGGGAGCAUGGCUCCAGCAUGGGUCAAUACUUCAGCCAGUACCUGGCACCCAUAAAGCUCAACACAGAGCCCAUCAACUGGGCUCAGAAGGACCUCAGUUACCUGCUAGACGUCAGCUACCCCUCCUACAUGCUCUCCCAGCUGCGCUCUGCCCGCCUCAUCCCCCGCGCAGCCGUCAACACCGAGGUGGUAACCCCAUCGGAGCUUGGUUACGAUGUAAUGGUGGAGUAUAGUGAUGAGAGUAGUUUCGCGGAGCUUGCGGGGGAGUUUGGCGUGUUUCAGGAGUGGAAGGCAGGGGUGCCUCGGACGGCUUAUAGCGGGGUUGUAGUGUUUCGGUACCAUGGGCCGCACCGAGUGUUUUUUGUUGAGCGGGGAGGGCUGGCAAAGUUGGGUUUUAAGCUGCCAGCAAGCACAUAG